GCCGAGAUAGCCAGGUCAGGGGUCAAGAGUGGAACACCCUCACUGGCCCGGGCCGGCGCGGGAGGGCUGUGUGAUGGCCUCGGAGCGCCCCGAGCCGGAGGUGGAAGAAGCUGGGCAGGUGUUCCUGUUAAUGAAAAAGGAUUAUCGAAUCUCCCGAAAUGUUCGCCUGGCUUGGUUCCUCAGUCAUCUGCACCAAACUGUGCAGGCCACACCCCAGGAGAUGCUGCUUCAGUCUGAACAGGAAUUGGAAGUCCUCAGUGUCCUGCCCCCUGGGUGGCAGCCAGAUGAACCAGUGGUCCCAAGGCCAUUCCUCAUUGUACCUUCCACCCGGGUCACCUUCCUGGCUUGGCAGUAUCGGUUUGUCAUUGAGCUGGACCUUAGCCCAUCUACUGGCAUUGUGGAUGAUUCCACAGGGGAGAUCUUGUUUGAUGAAGUUUUCCAUGCCUUGUCCCGCUGCCUAGGCGGGCUGCUUCGGCCCUUCCGAGUGCCUGGAUCUUGCAUCGACUUCCAGCCUGAGAUCUACGUAACUAUCCAGGCCUACUCCUCCAUCAUUGGACUGCAGUCCCACCAGGUGCUGGUACAGGGCUGCCUCUUGGACCCUUCCCAGCGGGAGGUGUUCCUGCAGCAGAUAUAUGAGCAGCUCUGCCUCUUUGAAGAUAAGGUGGCCACCAUGCUGCAGCAGCAGUACGAUCCCCAGAGCCAGGCAGAAGACCAGUCCCCAGACUCAGGGGACCUACUGGGCCGGAAGGUAGGCGUCUCCAUGGUGACAGCUGAUCUGGGGCUGGUCAGUAUGAUUCGUCAGGGCAUCUUGGCGCUGCAGUUACUACCCUCAAACUCUAGUGCAGGGAUUAUCGUGAUCACCGAUGGGGUGACCAGUGUACCUGAUGUUGCUGUCUGUGAGACGCUGCUGAACCAGCUUCGCAGUGGCACUGUGGCUUGUUCCUUUGUCCAGGUGGGAGGAGUUUACUCUUAUGACUGCAGUUUUGGCCAUGUGCCCAAUGUGGAAUUAAUGAAGUUCAUCGCAAUGGCAACAUUUGGUUCCUACCUGUCCACUUGUCCUGAGCCGGAGCCAGGCAACCUGGGUCUGACUGUCUACCACCGGGCAUUUCUCCUCUAUUCCUUCCUGCGCAGUGGGGAAGCACUGAACCCUGAAUAUUACUGUGGCUCUCAGCACCGCCUAUUUAAUGAGCACCUGGUCUCUGCAAGCAGCAAUCCUGCCCUGGCCUUGCGCCGGAAGAAGCACACUGAGAAGGAGGUGCCAGCCGACUUGGUCAGCACCGUGUCCGUGCGGCUUCGAGAGGGCUACAGUGUCCGAGAGGUCACACUGGCCAAAGGAGGGUCCCAAUUGGAGGUAAAGCUGGUGCUGCUGUGGAAACACAAUAUGCGCAUUGAGUAUGUGGCUAUGGCACCCUGGCCCCUGGAGCCUGAGGGCCCUCGAGUAACACGGGUGGAAGUGACGAUGGAAGGCGGCUACGACAUUUUGCAUGAUGUGUCCUGUGCACUAAGGCAGCCCAUUCGUUCAUUGUAUCGUACCCAUGUUAUCCGGCGUUUCUGGAACACGCUGCAGAGCAUCAACCAGACAGACCAGAUGCUUGCCCACCUUCAGUCCUUCUCCUCAGUGCCUGAGCAUUUCACACUUCCUGACAGCACCAAGAGCGGAGUGCCACUCUUCUACAUCCCUCCAGGCUCCACCACCCCGGUGCUCUCCCUCCAGCCCAGUGGUUCUGACUCAUCCCAUGCCCAGUUUGCUGCCUACUGGAAGCCAGUGCUGUCCAUGGAUGCAAAUUCCUGGCAGCGAUGGCUGCACAUGCAUCGCCUGGUGCUAAUCCUGGAGCACGACACACCAAUCCCCAAGCACUUGCACACCCCGGGCAGCAAUGGGCGCUACAGCACUAUCCAGUGCAGGAUCUCCCACUCCUCCCUGACCUCUCUGCUUCGGGACUGGAGCAGCUUCGUACUAGUCGAGGGCUAUUCUUAUGUCAAGCUGCUUUCCAGUGCCCCAGACCAGCCCCCCAAUUCCUUCUACAUGGUCCGUAUCAUUUCCAAGGCCCCAUGCAUGGUUCUUCGCCUGGGUUUUCCCAUUGGCACACCAGCACCUGCCCGGCACAAGAUUGUGUCAGGCUUGAGGGAAGAGAUCCUGCGGCUGCGUUUCCCCCACCGGGUACAAAGCAAGGAGCCAACGCCCAAGGUGAAACGAAAAGGGCUAGGGGGCGCUGGUGGGGGCAGCUCUCCCUCCAAGUCACCCCCAGUGCUGGGGCCACAGCAGGCCCUGUCUGACCGGCCCUGCCUUGUGGUCCUGCAUAAGCCACUGGACAAACUGCUCAUCAGGUAUGAGAAGCUACCCUUGGACUACCGGGCACCCUUCUUGCUGACACUGGAGCCACCAGGUCCACUGCCCUUGGUGUCAGGCCGCUCAGCCUCUUCUAGCCUGGCGUCACUAUCCCGCUACCUCUACCAUCAGCGCUGGCUUUGGAGUGUCCCGUCAGGACUGGCCCCUGCGCUGCCUCUCAGUGCCAUUGCCCAGCUCCUCUCCAUCCUCACUGAAGUCCGACUUUCUGAAGGAUUCCACUUUGCCUGUAGUGGAGAAGGAAUCAUCAACAUGGUUCUGGAGCUUCCAAUUCAGAAUGAACCAUCAGGGCAGGCUGCAGCUGAAGAGAAGCACACCUGUGUUGUCCAGUACAUCCUCUUCCCCCCACACUCUACCUCCACCAAAGACAGCUUCUCGACAGAUGAUGACAAUGAUGUGGAAGUGGAGGCCCUGGAGGGAGACUCAGAGCUCAAUCUGGUCACUGAGGUGUGGGUGGAGCCACAGUAUGGGCGAGUGGGACCUGGCCCUGGAAGCUGGAAGCACCUCCAGGACCUCACAUAUUCUGAGAUCCCGCAAGCUCUCCAUCCACGGGAUGCUGCCUGCAUGGGUUCCAUGCUGAGCUUUGAAUACCUGACACAGCUGUGCCAGAGCAAGGAAUGGGGUCCUCUGCCCCCAGAGCCGCGGGUCUCUGAUGGAUUGGAUCAGGGAGGAGACACCUGCGUCCAUGAGAUCCCUUUCCAUUUUGACCUAAUGGGAUUGCUGCCACAGUGCCAGCAGCUCCAGAUGUUCUUCUUCUUGCUUGCCAGAGAGCCAGAGGGUGUCCCUUUCGCCGAGGGGUCCUGUCCCGCCAACGACAUGGUGCUGUGCCUGCUGCACAGCUGCCUGGGGCAGGAGCUGAGUGACCGGGAGAUCCCACUGACCCCCGUUGACCAGGCUGCCUUCUUGAGUGAGGUGCUGCGGCGGACCUGCCACGUUCCAGGUGCCGAGGGGCCACUGCUGGGGGUUCAUGGGAUCCCGAAGGAGCAAGCAGUCGGCAGCACCCAGGCCACAGGAGACUCCACUUUUACUUCCCUGAGUGUAGGUCUUCCUGAAACUCUCAAGCCUCUCAUCUCUGCCCAGCCCCCUCAGUGGCGCUGCUAUGCAAGGCUUGUGAACCCCCAGCAUGUGUUUCUGACUUUUCUCCCAGCUACCUUCUCAGAUGUCCAGCGUCUGGCUGCCUGUGGCCUGGAGGGACACCCUCAAGAGGAGACAAAGCCUAAGUUUGGGGAUUGGAGUGGGGCUCCCAGUCUGAAAGAUCUAGGAGGAACUGGGGUCAAAGCUACAAAGUCCCAAGUCCCUGUCCUCAGUGUGACUCUGGCUAGUGACAAUGCCCAGAAUCAAGGAGAGCUAAGCCCACCCUUCCGUCGAGACUUACAGGCUUACGCGGGGCGUCAGGCUUCCCAGACAGAGAGUGCAGAUGGGCCCCGGACCCGGUGUCCUGUCUACAUCUACAACUGUUCACUGGAAGCGCUGAGGGAACAAAUGGUUGGCAUGCAGCCCCCUCAGGCGCCCCGAGACCUCGUCUUCCGGACUCAGUUCCUCGACCACCCCUCCCCAUCCUCAGCCUGGAUGGAACCCCGGUACAAGGAGGCAGCUAACCACUGUGCCCUGCUGCAGGAGCAUGCACAGCGGUGCUAUGUCCGUGGGCUAUUCCGCAGCUUGCAGCAAGCACAGAGUGUGACCUCCCAGGAUUUGCUGACAGCAGUAGAUGCCUGUGAGGAGCUACUACAAGAAAUAGACAUCACCCCAUUUCUCCUUGCAUUGUGUGGCCACACUUGGGGUUUGCCUCAUGUACCCCCAAGUCCUGGGCCUCUCAGCCCUGGGCCCUUCAGCAGCAGCAUGGAGGAGGGUGCUGAGCCUCGGGAACGAGCUAUCCUAGCUUCUGAAUCCAGCAUAGAGACCGAGGACCUAAGCGAGCCUGAGUUUCAGAGCACCCGUGUCCCUGGCGUUCCAGACCCUGGGCCAGAGAUCUCUCUGACAGAUGUCUGCCAGCUCAGAGGAGAGGCCCAUGGUGCCCUUCAUAACGUCAUCCAGGAGAAGUUCCUAGAGAUCAGUCGUCUCCACUUCCGCACAGUGCCUUCCAAUCCCCACUACUUCUUCUAUUGCCCUCCAUCCAGCAGGCGAGAAGAUGAGGGACCUCGGGACACAGUAGACAGAAAAAUCAGUGACCUGGAGUUUUCAGAGGCUGAGCUUAUGGGAGAAGAAGGUGUGUGGGCAAGAGACACAUCUGCCUGCUGUGUGGUCACUGAGAGUGACCCAGAGCUAGAGGUAGAAUACCGGGAGAGCCGUGAAUCAGACCUGGGGCCUGCUGGGCUAGACUCUGCCUCGCUGUCAGACGUAGACACUGUGAAUCCUGAUGAAGACUCCUUCAGUAUCUUGGGGGGCGACUCACCCACUGGACCUGAGAGCUUCCUUCAUGACCUGCCACCGCUCUUCCUGCACCUCACGUGCUCCGUGCGGCUACGUGGGCAACACAGCUCAGUACCUGUGUGCAGCCUGCCUACCUGCCUGGGCCAGGUGCUUUCCAGUCUGGAGGGCCCCCCAGUUGGAGGCCGAGUUCCCUUGAGGGACCUCAGUGUGACUCUGGAUGUCUUCAUGCUGACUUUGCCCCUGGAAGUGGAGCUCCCCACGGCCUCGGACGCUCAACACCACCGGUCAACAUCUGAAAGCAGUGCUUCAUUCCCACGAUCCCCAGGGCAGCCAUCAUCUUUAAGGUCAGAUGAUGGCCUCGGGCCCCCACUGCCACCCCCAGAAGAAGAGAGGCACCCAGGAUUAUCCAAUUUGGCCACGCCCCACAGACUGGCUAUUGAGACCACCAUGAAUGAGAUCCGCUGGUUGUUGGAAGAUGAGAUGGUAGGGGCACUCCGAAGAGGGGGCAUCCCACAGAGCCCUGCCCUGCACCGUGCAGCUGCCCAUAUCCAUAGCUCUCCUGGACGCUCCACCUGCCUUCGCCAAACUCUGCCACUGAGUUUUGUAUUUGGGCCAGAGCGUUCCCUCACACAAUUCAAGGAGGAGUUCCGCCGCCUCCAUCUCCCUGGCCAUGUUCUUCUUGAAGACCCUGACAGUGGCUUCUUCUUUGUGGCAGCUGGCCAACAGCCAGGUGGGUCCCAUGGGGAGCCUUCUUCAGCGGCCUGGGCUUGGCACAGUCAUGAGGACAGGGCUGAAGGCAUCGAAGGGGAGACCCUGACAGCCAGCCCCCAAGCACCUGGGUCCCCAGAGGAUUCUGAGGGUGUCCCCCUCAUCAGCCUGCCCAGCGUGCCACAGGGAGGGAGUCAGCCUGGGCCCAGCCGGGGACUAAGUCUCAUGUCCAGUCAGGGCAGUGUGGACUCAGACCACCUAGGUUAUGAUGGUGGCAGCAGUGGCUCAGACAGUGAGGGUCCCAAUGACACCCUUGGUGAGAAGGCCCCCUUCACAUUGCGGACUCCACCUGGGCCAGCACCUCCACAGCCUUCACUCUCAGGCCUCCCUGGGCCCUGCCUGCCUGACUUCUGGCUCAUUGUCCGGGUCCUGCAGGACCGUGUGGAAGUGUAUGCACAUGCACGAUUAUCCUUCCUUCCCAGGAGCCUGAUUCGGGAGGAUGGGGGGCCGGGCACUGAGUGUCGCCACCUGCAGCAGCUCCUGGUGAGGCGAGUUGGGGAGAUCUGCAGGGAGGUCAACCAGCGACUGCUUCUUCAAGACCUUCAUGACAGCCACGUGUGUAACUCUCUUCUGGUGGCUGAGAGUGAAGAAGAUCUGUGGCGCAGUGAGACUCCCUUCCACUCCCGUCAGCGGGCACCACUGCCCAGUGAUGAUUAUGCUGCUGAUGAGAGCUGUGCACCCCGAGGGUACCUGGCAGCCACAAUGCAGUUUGUCCCUGGCCAUUUCUCCUGUGACGUUGUGUGGGGAACUGUGAUCCGAGUCCAUUCACGCCUCAAAAUGGGGCCCAGCAUGGGGGUCUCUCGGGCCAUCCAGGCCCUGCGCUCUGUGCUCAAUGCCUUCUCUGUGGUGAACCGGAAAAACAUGUUUGUUUACCAGGAGCGAGCAACGAAAGCUGUGUACUAUCUUCGGUAUGUGGCCCUUGGAAGGCUCCUAGAGACAUCCUGCAGUGACCGGCCAUGGAAAGGGGAUGCGCUGCCCCCUUCCCUCGCUCUGUCCCGAAGCCAAGAGCCCAUCUACUCUGAGGAAGUCUCGGGUCCUCGUUCUCCCUUAGACAUGGCCUCCAGCCGCAGUUCAGAUGCUGCUCGUCCUGUGGGCCAAGUGGACAGACAUAUCCAGCUGCUGGUCCAUGGUGUUGGGCAGGCAGGUCCUGAGAUCACGGAUGAGCUCGUGCGAGUUCUGUGUCGGCGCCUGGAUGAGGCCACGCUGGACGUCAUCACAGUUAUGCUUGUUCGGAACUGCAAGCUGACACCAGCUGAUGUGGAGUUCAUCCAGCCCCCUGGAAGUCUCCCCUCAGAGGUGCUGCAUCUGGCCCUACCCACCUCCUGCAGGCCCUGGCUUCCAGCCCUGGCAUGGUACCUACGGCAGAACUUGCUCAUCUUCCUGCACUCUCCCAAGUACACAGAUAGCAACAGCCGGAACCACUUCCAACAUCCACUCCCACCACAGGGUGGCCUCCCUGACUUGGACAUCUACUUGUAUAACAAGCCUGGUGGACAGGGCACUGGGGGCAAAGGGGUUGCCUGCAUCACUCUAGCCUUUGUGGAUGAAGGAGGGGCCCCCUUGUCACUGGCGUUGUGGCCCCCCUCCUCUCCGGGGCCGCCAGACCCACUGCGAGAGGAGGAAUUUGAGCAACUGACCCAGGUCAUCCGCUGCCCGGUUGUUCUGGACAGUGCUUCAGCUCAGAAUGGGGCCCCACGGCUUCGACUGGAUGUGUGGGAAAAGGGGAACAUCAGUAUUGUGCAGCUGGAGGAGAAACUCCGAGGAGCAGCUCGCCAGGCCCUGGCCGAUGCCAUCAUCGAGCUUCAGCUGCUGCCAGCUUCACUGUGUACAGAGGACACGCCCACAGGAAGUCUCAGGAACGGAUCAUUGGAAACUAAGAGCUCUGCAGGCCGAGCUAGCACCUUUCCCCCUGCCCCUGUCCCUGGGGAGCCUGUGACUCCACCCAGCAAAGCGGGCCGGCGUAGCUUCUGGGAUAUGCUGAGUAAAACAGAAUGUGGGGAUUUGGGUUCCCCCAAAACAACUGACGACAUUGUCCUGGAUCGGCCAGAAGACACUCGGGGCCGGAGGCGUCACAAAACCGAGAGUGUUCGGACUCCUGGUGGAGCUGAGCGGGCACCAGGCUCCGAUUCUGGAGCCCAGAGACAAAGACGCCGGACAACACAGCUAGAAGAGGGUGAGGUGGGGACCCUUCAUCCUGUGUUUGCCCGUGUUGCUCAGCGCUGGAUGGAGUUUAUGGUUCAGAUUGGUUGUGCCUCAGUGUCCAGAAGCUCCGCCCACAUGGUGUCCCGGUUCCUCCUUCCAUCCAUCCUGUCUGAGUUCACCACACUGGUCACCUCAAUGGCUGGAGACACCAGUGUCCGCAUCUUUGAGCAGCAUUUGGGUUCAGAGCCAGAGAUCUUCAGCCCUUGUUCCCCUGGGCAACUGGGCCCCUCUGCCCGCCCUGCAGCUGAGCGGCGUCUGCUGCUUCUGGGAAGGAACUUCUUGCAGUGGAGGAGACCAACACAGCAGGGUGAGGGCAUGGCCGUGGGGGCAGCUGCCAAAGCCAUGCAGCGCUUCGAGCCAGGAGGUGAUGGGAACUCAGGGCGAAAUGCUCCCCGGCAGAGGCUCUUGCUACUAGAGGUGGUGGACAAGAAGCUACAGCUGCUGACCUACAACUGGGCUCCAGACCUGGGGGCAGCAUUGGGCCGAGCGCUGGUUCGCCUGGUGCAGUGGCAGAAUGCACGAGCACAUCUCAUCUUCUGCCUACUCAGCCAGAAGCUUGGACUCUUCCAUCAUUAUGGCCAGUUGGACUUCCCCGUGCGAGAUGAAAAGGAGCCAAACCCAUUCCUGCUGCCGACCAUGGAAGUGGAGACCCUCAUCCGGAGUGCAAGUCCCCCUCUGAGCCGUGAGCAGGGCCGGCUGAGUGGGUCCUCUCGUGGUGGGGGUCCUCUUCCCCUGGACACAUUCCCCUUUGACGAGGCCCUAAGGGAUAUCACGGCUGCCCGCCCCAGCUCCAUACUUGGUCCUGUGCCCAGACCUCCUGAUCCUGUCACCUACCAUGGACAACAGUUCCUAGAGAUCAAGAUGGCAGAGCGCAGAGAGCUGGAGCGUCAGAUGAAGAUGGAAAACCUGUUUGUAACCUGGCAGCAGCGUUCCACCCCAGCCACCAUGCCCAUCAGUGCUGGAGAGCUGGAGACCCUGAAGCAGUCAUCCCGCCUGGUGCAUUACUGUGCAACAGCCAUGCUCUUUGACCCAGCUGCCUGGCUGCAUGGGCCCCCAGAGACCUCUGGACCCCCUGACGGGCAGCGGCGCCAUCGCCCGGAGUCAGGGUCUGGGAGCCGAGAGGCCCCCACAAGCUGUGAAUCCCUGGAUGUGUCGCCCCCGGGAGCCCGUGAGGAGCCUUGGCUGAAGGAGCUGAGCUUGGCUUUCCUGCAGCAAUAUGUGCAGUAUCUGCAGAGCAUAGGUUUUGUGUUGGUGCCACUGCGGCCCCCCUCACCCGCCCGCAGCACCAGCCGGCCACGGGCCAUGGCUGUCCUUGGAACAGAGGGUCGAGGCUCCUUCUCCUGCCCUAAAACCAAGACUGAUGGGAGCCCCAAGAGCACUAGCUCUCCAGUAACCACCUACCACCUGCAGCGGGCACUGCCUGGGGGCAUCAUCCUCAUGGAACUGGCAUUCCAGGGCUGUUACUUCUGUGUCAAACAGUUUGCCCUGGAAUGUUCCCGAAUCCCAAUGGGGCAGGCUGUCAACUCACAGCUGUCCAUGCUGUUCACAGAGGAGUGUGACAAGGUGCGGGACCUGAUGCACGUGCACUCGUUCAGCUAUGACUUCCAUCUGCGCCUCGUGCACCAGCACGUGCUAGGCGCCCACCUGGUGCUGCGGCACGGCUACCACCUCACCACCUUCCUGCGACACUUCCUGGCCCACCACCCUGACGGACCCCACUUCGGCCGCAAUCACAUUUACCAGGGGACAUUGGAGCUCCCCACACCACUCAUUGCUGCCCACCAGCUGUACAACUACGUGGCUGACCAUGCCAGCUCUUACCACAUGAAGCCAUUGCGAAUGGCGCGGCCAGGGGGCCCAGAACACAAUGAGUAUGCCCUGGUGUCGGCAUGGCAUAGCUCUGGCUCCUACCUGGACUCUGAGGGACUUCGCCACCAGGAUGACUUUGAUGUGUCUCUGCUUGUCUGUCACUGUGCUGCACCCUUUGAGGAGCAAGGAGAGGCUGAGCGGCACGUUCUGCGGCUACAGUUCUUCGUGGUGCUCACCAGCCAGCGAGAGCUCUUCCCCAGGCUCACUGCUGACAUGCGCCGCUUCCGGAAGCCACCCAGACUGCCCCCUGAGCCAGAGGCUCCUGGGAGUUCAGCUGGCAGCCCUGGGGAGGCCUCAGGGCUUGUUCUAGUGCCUGGACCAGCUCCUCUGUUCCCACCACUGGCUGCAGAGGUGGGCAUGGCACGAGCACGGCUGGCUCAGCUGGUGCGGCUGGCUGGAGGGCACUGCCGUCGGGACACCCUUUGGAAGCGCCUCUUCUUGCUGGAGCCACCAGGGCCUGAUCGACUGCGGCUCGGGGGGCGCCUGGCCCUGGCAGAGCUGGAGGAACUCCUAGAAGCAGUCCAUGCCAAAUCCAUUGGGGACAUUGACCCCCAGCUGGACUGCUUCCUAUCCAUGACGGUCUCCUGGUACCAGAGCCUGAUCAAAGUUCUCCUAAGCCGCUUCCCCCAGAGCUGUCGCCAUUUCCAAAGCCCAGACUUGGGAACUCAGUACCUGGUUGUGCUGAAUCAGAAGUUCACUGACUGCUUUGUGCUCGUGUUUCUGGACUCCCACUUAGGAAAGACGUCUCUGACAGUGGUUUUCCGAGAGCCCUUCCCAGUACAGCCCCAGGACAGCGAGAGCCCCCCUGCCCAACUGGUCUCCACCUACCACCACCUGGAGUCUGUCAUCAACACAGCCUGUUUCACCCUCUGGACCCGCCUCCUCUGAGGGAGUGGACUGGACCACUGAAUGUCACUGUUCCUUGAAUCAUGGGCCUACAAGAUUGCCUGCCAGAGGCAGGACUGACCAGCCCUUCUGGGCCCCAGGGCAAGCCAGACACUGAGUGACACCAAAGGCUUUGUAACUAUGUCUUGGGGGUCUGCUGCCCCAGCCUGGCAGCAGGAACCGCCCUUCCCAAACACCCACAGCUACUGACCCAUCCAGGAUUCCAGAGGGUCAGGUCAACCCCGAGGACCCCUUGGGCCCUUCUGGGGUACUCCUUUCGGCCCCCCGGUAGAGUCUCGGGAGUUCACACAGGGUGGCAAACACCCCCUAGAGCUCCUCUGCCUGAAUCCUGCCCCCUAGCCUUUGAUCACUGUCAGCCACCUGUAUCCCUUGAGCCCUUGGGUCUUCACUUCCCACUUGGACGUCACUGCUGGACAUUCCCAUCGAGAUGACACCUGGGUUCCAAUCCCAGCUCUGCCUUUGAAGCACUUGUGGCCACCGUCAAGUCCCUUUGCUCUCGGACCCUGGGUUUCUCAUCCUUUAAUGAGAAGGUGGGUUCAGAAGCUCUCCCAUCUUCACAGCAACCCUGGCACUGGCUUCUCAAUGGGAGGGAAGCAGCAGAGAAACUGAAGUGUUAGACACUAUGUGUCCCACCACCCCAUAACAGAGACAUAUGACAAUGUUCA